UAAUGAGAAACUUGAGACUAUUGGGAUAAGUGAGAUCAUUCGAACAGCGCGUUAUAUUCAUUUACUUCUUUUUAUCAAAACUUAUUGUGGUUCAUUUUUGUUCAAGUGUUUCUCAUUCUCAUGCGAUUUUAACAUAUGACAGAAUUUAAAUUCUUAGUCUGUCUCUCAUUUUUUGCACUUUUCAACUAUUUUCGAUUGCCCAACGAGGAUUGGAUGUUGUUAAGAUUAAAAUCUGUUGUUAACAAAACUCUCGGAUCAUUUGUCCACAUUUAUCCGCAUCACACCAGCAGGACAAUGGCGACGACAUCAGUGUGCUCUUCAAGUUCUGUUCGGUAUCUGGGUCAGGAAGAGGCAAUUCAACUGGAUCAAGACCUUUUUCACGAGUAUAAAUUCACCCUAGAGCAAUUAAUGGAGCUGGCCGGUUUAAGUGUGGCGACGGCAGCGUACCGUGUGUAUGGCGAAUCUCACAAAAAUAGUCCCGUGCUAGCAGUCGCAGGUCCGGGAAACAACGGGGGCGACGCAAUGGUGGCUGUGAGACACAUGAAGCUGUUUGGGUUUGAAAAUGUCACUCUUCUAAACACUCGCCCCCCAACAAAGGAAUUUUUCCAAGCUCUGGUCACCCAAGCGGAACAAUCGGGCGUGAAGAUUGCAGAUGAUCCAACCCCAUUCUUAGAGGAGUCUUCGAGACCAAGUCUUGUGAUUGACGGCUUAUUCGGCUUCAGUUUUAAGCCUCCCGUCCGUGCAGAAAUGACCCCGUUCCUCCAGAUCUUGUCAGCACCUGCAUCUACCCUCCUCUCGAUUGACAUUCCGAGUGGGUGGGACGUAGAGGAGGGUCCACCUGCAAAUUCACCCCUCAUGCCCCACACCCUCGUCUCACUCUCCGCGCCAAAGAAAUGUGCCUCCUUCUUUCAGGGAAGCUUCCACUUCUUGGGAGGACGGUUCCUCCCACCAAAGUUGGUUGAAAAGUAUUGCCUUAAUCUUCCCCAAUAUCCAGCCACUGACUCUGUCAUUCUGCUCAAAUAGUGAUAAUAAUGUUAUAUAUAGCUUUCUUAUUUGUUGGCUGCAUAUCACUAUAAAUUGUGCAAUAAAUGUUAAGACUUUAAUAAUGUA